AUGAGUUCAAGCGUGGAUCUUUCAAUUCCCAUCGUGGAUCUCUCGCCUUUCACUUCCAGCGAUGCAACCAAUCGCGAAUCACGACAGAAAGCGGCCAAGGAUCUUGCAGAUAAGCUUCAGGGAAACGGAUAUGUAGGCAUCAUUGGUCAUGGCGUGCCCCCAGAACUGCUUGGGAAGGCCUUUCAGACAUCUAAGACAUUCUUUGACCUUCCCUACGAAGACAAGAUGAAAGCUCCACAUCCAGAUGGCACUGUACCUCAUCGUGGCUACUCUGCUAUUGGUAGAGAGAAAGGAUAUGCAAAGACGGCCCAUGAAUCAGGAAACGACACUGAAGAGAAUGCGGAGCUGAGCUUGACAGACUACAAAGAGAGCUACGAAAUUGGCAGUGAAGAUAAUCUCAUUCAAUACAACAUUUGGCUUCCUGAUGAUGUUUUGCCUGAGUUUCGAGUUUUCACAACCCACCUAUACUGGGAGUUGAACAAGACGACAAACGCAAUUCUUAACGCGUUGAUCAUGAGUUUGAAUCUUGAGGAGCAGGAAGCCGAGGCUGUCCGAGCUCUGCAUACCGGCCAUGAUAACCAGCUGCGAUUGCUUCACUAUCCAUCUAUUUCUAGUGAGAUGCUUUCCAAGGAGAAGGACAUUGGUCGUCUUGGGGUCCAUACCGAUUGGAGCGCUUUCACCCUCCUCUACCAAGAUGCUCAUGGAGGAUUAGAGUUUCAGAAUCGCCAGACUGGUGACUUUGUUCCAGCGACACCCAAAGAAGGCGUAGUGUACAUGAACAUCGGUGACAUGUUUCAACGCAUUUCCAAUGGAUUUUAUCCUUCAGCUCUGCAUCGAGUGGUCAUCUCAGGCAAAGAUCACGGCGAAGAAACUCCAGCUCGGUACUCGAUCCCCUACUUCCUGGUGCCAACAUUAGAUGGAAUUAUCGAGCCGCAGGCUUCCCUAGUUGCAGCACAUGGUAAACAGGUGUACAAACCAGUGACUUUUACAUCCUAUUCUGAGGAAAUGUUUCGGGUCACGCAGAUUCGUGAUUGA